AUGUCUGGUAGGACGACUCGAGUUGCUGUCAAUGGUGUUGUGUGCCGCCGCUCUGUUGGUUGGCGCGCCUUCAGCGGGAACUUUGCGUUGUACCGCAUGGGCUGCCGCAGCCCAACUGUUUCCUUGCAGCAGCAGCAGACAUUUACAUUGUGCUGUCAGCACCGUGCCAUUGGGCCACGUCAAUAUGCGCCGAAGGGGUUUCGAGAGGCUGCUGGUCGCGCCCCUAUGACAUUUGAAUUUGGUGAAGAGUGCAACGAAUUGGCCAAAGUAGCCCAUCAAACGAAAAACUACGGUGAUGCGAUUAGUCUCUACGACCGCGCCUUGACGAUGCGGCGGGAACGCUACGGCCCCAUUCACGAAAAGUGUGCCGCGACACUGCAUAACAUUGGACGCGUCUUUCUAGAAAUGCGUGAGCCCGGUGCCGCGGAGAACGCCUUGACGGAGGCGGCCGCCAUUUAUGAGCAGGUGGAGGGACAAAACUCGAUUCGCUACGCCGAGAGCCUUGCACUGCUGGCUCUUUCGUACACGCAUUUGAACUUUCUUGAGGAAGCGGAGAAGGCGUUUCGCGAGAGUAUCAAGGUAUUUCGCGACAAAUCGUACAAUCAUGUGACGAACUCGUGGCUGCCAGACGACCGGUCAACAGCAGCCACUAUCACAGAGCCGCAGAAACACCCUCUUGCAUCCGCCGCCCAUGCACUUGCCGACUGUGCACAGUUAUUUCUUCUUCAGAAUCAGGAGCAUCGAGCCAUUGCAUUUCUGGAAGAGGCGCUUGAGAUUCGUCGUUAUCUUUACAUCCGGCACAACAAGUAUCGUCCCAUCAUUGCACAAACUCUCAACAAGUUAUGUGAACUGAAAAAGUCGAUCAAUGAUGCCACAGGGGCAGAGAUGUGUAUUAACGAAUGUCUUGAGAUUUGUAUCGCAACGCUCGGUCGUGACUCUCCGGCAACGGCGCAGGCAACGAGCAGCAAGGCCUCGUUGCUCGCCGCACGCCGUCAAUUCCGUGAGGCACGGCGAUUAUACGAAGAGAGCACGACAACAUAUGCUGUGGCGCUUGGCAAAGAUUCGGCGCUAUUUGGACAGGAACUUGUGAAACUGGGCCGCAUUCAGGAGUUAUGCGAUGACUACAUUACGGCCGAGAAAACAUAUGAGCGUGGCGUUGAUGUGAUUAAAAAAGCGCUUGGACCCGAGGCGCUGCAACUUGCAGAGGCGUACACAUUCCUUGGCUCACUCUUAGUAAAGCGACAGGAGAUAACGCGUGCCAUUGACCUCUUCCGUGACGCUGUACGGCUACGGAAGGCGAAAAAUAGAAAAGAUCCGCAGCUGGCGUAUUUAUAUCAGAAGCUUGGGGACGCGUAUGCGAUGCGGCGGGAGUCUCAUGCGGAAGCGUAUUUUCUUCUUGCCAUUGAACAGUUUCGUGAGAACGCCAAGGUGGAGCCGCUGCAGCGUACGUUUCUUACAGAUGUAUUGGAUGACUUGGGUCUCUUUUACUUGGACUUUCACCAUUACGAGAAGGCGGAACGGUGCUUAAAGGAGGCACUGGAUACACGCAUUGAGAUGCUUGGUGAGAGUCACGCCACGGUGGCGUAUUCAUACAGUAACUUUGCACUUUUGUACCUUCAUCGUGAGGAUACGGAUAACUGUGAAAAGAUGUGCAAAGCGGCACUUGACAUGUACGCCAAAACGGCUCGAUCAAACGUCCUUGCACAGGCAGAUGUGUACACAACAUAUGGUCAGUGUUGUCAUUUACAGAGACGCCUCCAGGAUGCACUCAGUUGGCACGAAAAGGCGUUGAACGUCCGACGGACGCGUGGAGAAAGUAGUGAGUUAUCCACCGCAGAGUCACUCAACCACAUUGCUCGUGUGUAUGUUUCCAUGAAGCAGUACGCAUCAGCCACAAAGUAUUUGGCGGAGGCGAAGAAGAUUGCCUAUCAGUUUACCGCGGAGUUUGCGCAGUACCUGCGGCAGGAGGUAGCAAAGACGGAGCAGCAGAUUCCUCCUAUGGAAGAAUGGAGCGCAGAGGACCGUAUCGCUGCCACACCAACGCUCCCUGUGGACAAUAACAAGCCAAAGGAAGGGGAGAUGACGUCACAUUAG